AUGGCGGGGCAGGUGCUUGGCUCGUCCAAGGCGUCGGGAGAAACGGUGGACACGAGCGCCGUCAAGCCCAUGACGGAGGCCAGGCCGGACGUGCUCGCGGAUCUGCAGCUCGUGGACGCGCGGGACAGCCAGGGCCUCGGCGCGGCGCCGCGCGACGACGGCAGAGAGGUGCACGAGUGGAUGGUCGCCGACUCCGAGCAGGGGGACAGCGAGCUGCGACGGAAAUUCGCGGGAGUCGCCCUGAAGGUGCUCGGCAAUCACCUGUACCCGCUCAUCCUCGGGCUGGGGUGCCUGGCGGUGUGCUUCGCGGAAGUCAUCAGCGAGGCGCUGAACGAGCCGUUCCCGUCCGCGGACGUGCUGUGGGCGGUCGCGGGGCCCGUGGCGGUGGCUCUGCUGGCGGACUCGGCGCUCCAUGCCUUGGUGGGGACCAGCGCUGGCGUGCCCGAGCUGCUGGCGCCGGGCCCGCUGAUCAUGGACCUCAUCCCGCCGGUGCUCAUCCUCACGUGGCCGGCGCUGCACCACCUCAACUACGCGCACCCGAGCUGGGACGACGCGCUGCGCGCCGGGGACCUGAAGGGCUUCCUAGACGACGUCGCGCACACGCGCUCCGCCGUGACCUUCAUCCUGCUCCCCUCCGCCUUCGUCAAAAUCGUAUCGGCGUGCUGGCGACACGCCAUCAUGGCGCGCGUGCGCCGGGACUGGGCCAAUUCCCGCCGGUCAAAGCUGCAGCGCCCGGAGGGGGCGCAGGGCGGGGGGCGGCCGCGCCUCAAGAUCAACGGCGAGGACAGCAGCGCCCUGCGCGCGAAGAAGUGGAGCGAGUGGCUCAUGAUGGUCACCGCGCUGUCGUGCCUGUGCCUGAUGCUCAUGAAAGUGCUCCAGGACAUGCUGCCCAACACCCUGAUGGCCUUCUCCGACCAGCUCGGACGGUACCCGACGCUCGUCGAGGAGGCGCGCGCCAUCAGCCCGAACGGCGCGGCGGAGGACAGCGCGCUCGCCGUGGCCUUCGCGGAGCCCGAAGCCUCGGAGCUCACCGGCGGGCCGCUGCGGCUCCUGACGCACGUGUACGUGCGCAAGGAGGGCGCCGAGGGGCAGGACGGCGACGACCCCGACGCGUACGACCUCAUCCUGCUGCGCGAGCACCGCGCUGGCUCCGUGCUCGACGGCUUGCGCAGCCCUGAGCCCGCGAUGUGGACGGUCAGCACGCGCGGGACCGUCCUGUGCCGGUACCUGUACCGCGAGAUCUUCAUGGACGACAUCGACACGGACGCGCAGCGCAAGGCCAUCAUGCUGGCGGUGUGCGGCCUCCUGCUGCUCAGCAUCUACUACUUUGCAGGCAUGAUGAUGGUGCGGCCGAUGCGGCAGCUGUUCGCGGCGCUGGCGUCGUCGACGUCGCUGCUGAGCCUCACGGGCGCGGAGGGCGUUCCGAUGGGGUCGGAGAACCCCACGUCGAUCGAGGAGGCCAUCGGGCGCGUGCUGCACCUCAUGUCGCUGCUGCAGAAGGCCUCCAUGGGCGGGAACCUGGUCGUGCAGCAGCUGAUGGACCAGGCCGCGCACGACGCCGCGGAGGGCAACACGCGCGCGAUCACCGCGGCCAAGCACUGGGCGCGGAUGUUCGAGGGCGCGCCCGACGCCAUCCCCAGCGAGACCGGGAGCCGCGUGCUGGACACGCAGAGCCAAGGCACGGACCCGCGGGCGGAGCGCACCGCAUCGGAGCACUCCACGAACUCGAACAGGGGCGGCGGCGGCCGCGGGAUGGCCUGGUGGCUGUCGCGGCGCAACGUGGGGGGCGCGGGGGGCUCGCGCGACGGGGACUCGAGCGCGUGCGAGGAGUCGGCCGUGGAGCCGAUGGACGCCGUAACGCUCCCUGACGCGCUGAUGCUGGGGUGGGGCUGGUCGUCGAUCGGGCUGGAGACGGAGGCGCUGAUCCAGGCCGUGAUGGGCAUGUUUGGGGCGCUGGACCUGCUGACGAACGAGCCCAUCAUGACGCCCGAGGGGCAGGCGCCGCAGAAGAAGGUGCACGCGCUCGUGCGGAAGCUGUGCCGCGGGUACCUGCUGGACAACCCGUACCACAACUGGGAGCACGCGGUGGACGUGACGCACGGGAUGUUCCUCAUCCUGCGCAACGCCAAGGAGCUGCGGAAGCACCUGGACAAGAGCGACCACGUCGCGCUGAUGCUGGCAGCGAUCGCGCACGACGUCGGGCACCGCGGCACCAGCAACGCGUUCCUGGUGGCCACCGACGACCCGCUGGCCCUCAUGUACAACGACAUGGCCGUGCAGGAGAACAUGCACGCCGCCAGCCUGUUCAAGAUGAUGCGCGACCCGCAGACCAACCCCCUGGACGGCGUGCCGCGCGAACGGCGGCGCAAGAUGCGCACCACCAUCGUUGACGCCAUCCUGGGCACCGACAUGGCGAUCCACUUCGACCUGACGGCGGCAGUCGAGGUCCUGGCCGACGCCCGCGCGCUGUCCUCGACGGAGGAGCUCACGGCGAAGCAGCAUCGCGUGCUGAUUCAGACGCUGCUGCACUUCGCCGACCUGAGCUACCUCCUCAAGAGCCGGAAGAUCGUCCUGGAGUGGACGGAGCGCGUCGUCAAGGAGUUCUUCUCCCAGGGGCAGCGCGAGAGGGGCAUGGGCCUCCCGAGCCUCCCCCUCAUGCAGGCCUCGCGCACGCACGUGCCCUCCACCCAGAUGGACUUCAUGGACUUCGUCGUUCGACCGUUCUGCAACGCCGUGGCCGGGCUGCUGCCCUCGCUGGCCCCCGACAUCCGGUUCGGCCUGCUGUCGACGUUCCACGCGUGGGUCGACGUGUGCCACGCGCAGCAAAUCGAGGCGGGCGGACACGCGGCCCAGAGCGGCAACCAGCAUCGCCCACGCAUCUCGUCGGAGCGCACGGGCAGCGUCAAGUCGUCGCGGUCCGGCAGCAGUCAGCAGGUGGAGGCGCUGGCUGGGUGGUGGACGACCACGGGCGUGGGGAUCAGCGCAGUGCCCGCCGUCCUGCAGAUGGACCUCAAGGCGCGCCUGAGGGCGUUCAAGAAUCGGGUCGUCGCCGGGGAGUUCCACGGGGAACCCGGCCGGACGUCGAACGACAGCCUGUCUGCGGCAUCCCCCCUGUCCUCGGGCUUGUUCGAGCAGCGAACGACGAGCGCCUCCCUGCACCGGCGCAAGGGCCGCUAA